CUGCCAUCCUUGAUCCCAUAUAAGCUGCUGCUGUGCCACCACCAUUCAUCUCGUUAACCAAUGCUGCCUCACUAUUUCCUAAUAGUUUCCUGUCUGCUGCUAUCCAUCCCAAAUUUUGUCCUCUUAGAUUGCAAAUUUUAGGGGAUAGAUACUGCUUUCAGUAUCUAGGUUUGCACAAGGAGGUUGCAGACCACAGUCAGGUCAAUGGACCUAAUGAAGCAGAUCUAAGUGGGCUUGAGCUACUUUGAGUAGGUGCUUGAUUUCCUGUUUACCUCAUGGAAGUGGGUUUGGUCCCACACUGCUAAUGUUUAUAAAGGCUCUGAAGGAUCUCCUCUGAGCACUAGAACUGGUUGAAAUCUUCUGAGCAGCCUCAGUGGAGUAGAAAGGGGCCAAGCAUCUGGAUUGCCCUCUGCUUUUGAACAGAGAAAUCAGCCAAGAAAAUGAUGUCUUUGAAAGUUCUUUCUCUGCUUUUUGCUUCUUUGAGCUUUGUUUUGAUGGAAGAGAACGUCUCAGGCAUAAGUAUAAGGACUCCCAGUGCCAGACCAGUGCAAAAACGCUACUCUGAGGCCACCCUGGCAAGUGAUUACAGCCGCACAAUGGAUAACAUGCUGAAGAAGAACUUUGUGGAAUGGUUGCUAGCCAGGCGAGAGAAGAAAAGCGACAACGUCAUUGAGACAUACAAGAGAGAAGCUGAGCCACAAGUAUCAGCUGUGAAUGGCCAAAGCUUGGACCUGCGCAACCAUGAAGCCAAAGACUUCUUUGCUUGGCUUCUAAAAAACAAGAAAAAUCAGAGAACAGAAAAACAGUUACUAAGAGCAUAGUGUCCUUUCCUUCAAACUGUCUCUCCUAGUCCAUGGCUCUACUGCACUGCCCAGGAGGCAGCAGAAGGACUUUUGUUAAGGAGCAAAUGACUAACCUUGUCAAAAAUCUAAGUGGUGCCUGGAGGAAAAGAUAAUGAAGAAAAUGCCAUAUGGAUUCAGACCUUUUUAGUUAACUAAUCCUUGAUCUAGGCUGGGAGGCAGAGAUUUGUACGUGGCUGUUUCAGAAUAUAGAGGGACGAAAGACUCCCUUUUAAGAUUUAAAAAGUUUUUUAUAUAUAUACAAAUAAAUUUAGUUAAGAAUUACACAGUACUGAAAAAUAAGAGAAGAAGAAAAUGAAUCCUCUUGGCUGUGGAGAUAGGAAGUGGUGAACAAAGAAGAAAGAUGAACUGAGACAAGAGCCUGAGGUGUCUAAUUUGAAUCAUGCCCAACUGAAACCCAGAAAGAGAGAAAGAAAUCCUCCUGGCUUUCUUUCCUUAAAUCAGCUCAUCCCUCAGUUCCUCCCCACUGUCACUGAUAAUGUUGCAGAACAGUCUCAUUUCCCAAGAACAGGGAAAGAAAAAGCGAAAAGUUGGUAGGAUUGACAAGAUGACAAGCAACGCACUAAGUCAAAGGUAUUAGACGACAAGGAAAAUAAAAUAUACCUGUGAACUCGAUGCAAUUGGGAUAAGAUUGUUAUAUACACAUUUGGAUGUUUUCCUUUCUUCUGUCUUUAUGGCAUGGCACAUUUCUUGCAGUUUUACUUCUCUGGAAGGUUCAGAAGAUUUGAAAGAUGUUUUGAACCAGGAGUUUCUGACAUGGCUAAUGUCGAUUGACCUCUGCAGACCAACGUGAGUGGUUGUUCUACCUGUUCCUGUUGUUAAAAACAUCCCUUCAGAUCCCAUUCCAGCACUGUACAAAGGUUUUGCCCCAAAGGUGCUUGAUGCAAUGCUCAUCUUUUGAUAGCUGUUGAGUGCUCACAUGGUGUAGCUCAGCUGAAUUUCAUUGGAGAGUUAAGAGCUUUGGCCAGAGUUUGGCUCUGCAAGAGAAUCUUCAAAUCACUGAUAUGAUAAACUGGGGGAUGGACAAAUUUCAAGUUAUGACUGUCUAGAGAAGGCAGGUUAGUAAAUUCUUUUCCCUAUUUUUAUGAGAAAAUUAGAUGUUCAUCUAACCACUUACAGAAAAUACUUUUCUUUUUCUACUCAACAUACCUAAGUAUGAAAGACAUUCAGAAAGAAAUACAACAAGAAAUUGGGAUGCAAAAUGUCCAGGGGAAGGUCCUGAGAAGGCUCAAGGAAAUGGAGAGCCCAUCUUAGGGGCUCUAGUAAAAUGAAGGCUGAGAGAAACAAAGUCACCAUCUAUUUAAAAAAAAAAAAAAAAAAAAGGAAAAAAAGAAACAGAGAGAAGAGCUAUUUAUGCUAAUGGCAAAAGUUAGACAAGAAUGAAAAAGGAUGAACUGGCCACAAAUAGGCUGAAAAUAAAAGGCAGCUCUGUGCUACAGCCAAUUCCAUGCAGCUUGGUCAGACAAUGUGAACUAAGUGGCCAGCAAGCAAGCAAGCCAGAGAAAACAAUUAACUUUUGAGCUCAUCCUGCAGCCUUUCCCGCAGAGGGGGAAAUAAAAUAAUAAUAAAAAAAGCAUUUAUCUCCUAACCAGUUGCUGAUUUUUUCUCAAAAGCUGUAGAUACUUGCUAUUAGAUGCUUACUAACUUUGAGACGUCUGUCCUGCUAUCAGAAUGGAUUUCCAAGGUAUCAGAGGGGACUGGUGGGUAAAGAAGCCAAUAACUUAUGCUUUGUUUCACGUAGAAACCAAAUUAAAAUGGGUUAAGUGUGGUCCCACAGGGAUUUAUGCUUUUCUCUCCCGCUUCUGCUUCAUUAGGACUGUGUAACUCCAGGACCCUGUCUCAAGGAGCUCUCCACUCUAUCGACGGACUCACUACGGAGGAAGAUAUUCUAUGUUCAUUCUGUUCUAUGCAUAUUGUCCACUUUGCCAAUGUAAGAAAUAAAGAUUUUAGCCUGAAGCUGAAAUAAGAUUUAGUUAAGACUUCAUUUGGGGAUGGGCUAUAAAACGUUACUAAAUUACUUUUUAAAAAAAGACGUCAU